CUCUCUCUCUCUCUCUCUCUCUCUCUCUGAAAAAAUGGCGGUUUCCGUAACGUCAUCGUCAAUUCCUUCUUCUCUCUGCUCUGACCGCGCCGCACGCUUGGCUGCUUCCUCCUCCUCUUCUUCUUCCUCGAAUCUAUCAUCCUCUUCCUCUCUGCAAUUCCCCGUACAGCUCCGACGCCUUCGGAUUGGAACUAACGGAGCCUCCGCUCCAUCUCGGCAUCGAAUUCUUGCGCCGGUGGAGGCAAAGAAACAAACAUUCUCCAACUUUGAUGAUUUGCUGGCUAAUUCUGAUAGACCUGUCCUGGUUGACUUCUAUGCAACUUGGUGCGGUCCUUGUCAAUUUAUGGCCCCUAUCCUCAAUGAAGUCAGUAUUACUCUGAAUGACAAGAUCCAGGUGGUGAAAAUUGACACUGAGAAGUAUCCAAGCAUUGCUGACAAGUAUGGAAUACAGGCAUUGCCUACUUUCAUUAUAUUUAAGGAUGGAGAACCAUAUGACCGCUUUGAGGGUGCUUUGAAUGCUGAUCAGCUUAUUGAACGAAUUGAAACGGCUUUGAAAGUGAAGCAAUAAACCGCUUCUGAAGUUCACCUAGGGAGGAAUUAAGAAAGUUCCAUGGAGUAAUAGCCUAAGAGGAGUAAAUACUGGUUGCACUAUUCAGGCAUGAAGGUAAGAAAAAAGAAUUAUGGAUUUGAUUAAGAAUGCAUGGGAGGAUCCGCCAUCAUUAUUUUCCUUUGCCCAUUUUUUGUUUGUAUCAAGUGUUGUACCAAAAAAUAUCAUGAUUUGUUCAUUCCAUUUCCGGAUUGUGCCGAUGAAUCUAGAAAAGACGAUUUUAUGUCAACAAAUUCUUGGAUUAUUGGCGAUUUACACACAUACAGUUGCUUUGGAUUCAAGCAAAUCAGAUGUUCAUCAAGUGAUUGCUGGUUUUGUAUCGAGAGACCAUGGCUAGCGGG